AUGACUUUCUCGCCGGAAGUCAGCCAGGAGACCACUCCAGGGCCUGGGACGCUGUAUCAGACGACAUUUCUCGGCGAAGCAGAUCUCGAGCGCAAAGAGGCUCCCGAAACCGACAACACAGGUGUCUACCCAGCCGACACACUCUCCCUGCCCCGACAGAUCCUCUUUAUCGGGACGCUCUGCACGGCCAUGUUCACGCACCAGGUCGGGAUGGGUAACACGCUGACCACGGUCGGGGUGAUCGGCGACUCGUUCGGCGUCACCAACCCGGGCCAACUGUCCUGGCUGAUCGCCGGCUACAGCCUCACGGUGGGCACCUUCAUCCUGGUAGGGGGCCGGCUGGGCGACGAGUUCGGGCAUAAGAGGCUCUUCGUUGUCGGCAUGGGCUGGUACGCAUUGUGGUGCCUCGUCGGCGGCAUGGCCGUCUUCUCGUCUCAUGUCCUGUUCGUCUUCGCCCGCGUCUUCCAGGGCAUGGGGCCCGCGUUGACCCUGCCCAACGCCCUUGCCAUCCUCGGCCAGUCCUACGCCCCCGGCCCGCGCAAGAACAUGGCCUUCGCGUGGUUUGGUGGCUCGGCGCCCUUUGGUGCCAUUGCAGGGUUUCUCUUCGGGGGCCUAUUCGCGCUUGCUUGGUGGCCGUGGAUCUAUUGGAGCCAGGCCAUUGCGCUGGCUCUCAUUGCCGUCUUCGCGGCCUGGACGAUCCCGACUAUGCCUGUCCAGUCGGAACAGGCCCCGGGAGGUCGCGAAAAGCUCGAUGCCCUGGAUAUCCCAGGAAUGGUCACCGGUGUCACGGCUCUGGUCUUGUUCAAUUUCGCGUGGAACCAAGCCGUGGUCGUCGGCUGGCAGGAGCCCUAUGUCGGUGUUUGUCUGGUCCUGGGUCUCCUCUUCGCGGCAGGCUUCUUCUGGGUUGAGAUCUAUCACGCCAAGUCUCCAAUCCUACCUCUUGCAGGUUUCAACGCAGACAUUGCGUUUGUUUUUGGGUGUACGGCAACGGGCUGGGCGUGUUUUGGCAUAUGGGUCUUCUAUAUCGGACAGGUCGCCCUGAACAUCAGCGGCAACACGCCUCUUCAGAUGGCUGCGUGGUUCAUCCCCGUGAUCCCGUCCGGCCUGACAUCCGCCCUCGCGGUGGGCAAGUUGCUCGGUAAAGUCCCUGCGUCGUGGAUCAUGGUCAUCGGACAGGUCGCUUAUGUCGUGGGGUCCAUCCUCGCCGCGGCUCGACCGGCGCAUUCGGUCUACUGGACGUACUACUUCUUCAGCGUCCUCAUCAUCACCGUGGGCAUGGACACAUCCUUCCCGUCCGCCACCAUCAUCUUUUCCAACGCCGUACCACGACAGUACCAGGGCAUAGGCGCCAGCAUCGUCAUGACCGUGGUCAACUAUAGCAUAUCGCUCGGUCUGGGUUUCGCGGGAACCAUUGAAACCAACAUCAAUCACGGCGGAUUGACCAGGUCCGACAUGCUGCUCGGUUAUCGUGGUGCGUUGUGGUUUGCGGUUGGACUGGCUGGACUGGGCCUGGUCUUGAGUCUCUGGUUCGUCGCCAACGAGCGCCGCAAAGGUGAAGCCAAAGGAUGA